AUGGCGCAGCGAUCACCGCGUAAAUCGCUCCAGCUCAACCGAGCGAACACGCCAAUCAACUUCAGCGGACCGAUGCAAGAUGUGAACGUUAUUUCUGACCACAUGCUUAAAGUUGAAUGGCGGAACGGACUUGGAUGGUCGAAUCCACAAAUCAUUCAAUCCGGACCGAUUGCGUUGCACCCUUUCGCGCACGUGUUUCACUACGCCAACGAGUGUUACGAAGGGAUGAAGGCAUACAUCGAUUCGAACGGCAACGUUCGUAUGUUCAGACCGGAGAAAAACAUGGAGCGCUUAAACUUUUCCGCCUCUAGAUUAUGUUUACCCGCCUUUAACGGCGAGGAAUUGUUGAAGUGCAUCGAAGCGCUUUUAAAAGUUGACAAAGAGUGGAUACCGAGGAAGAAAGGCUACGCGAUGUAUUUACGCCCUUUGAUUUUUAGCACCACGCCGUGGUUAGGAUUAACCCAAACAUCAGAAGCUCAUUUAUACGUGAUGAUGUCACCAGUUGGGCCGUAUUUUAAAUCUGGUUUCGUUCCUAUUAAACUUGCUGUAGAUUCGAAAUGGAUUCGCGCUUGGCCAGGGGGCACUGGUAACGUAAAGUUUGGAGGUAACUACAGUCCAACCGUGAUGGCGCAACGAGACGCCGCGAAUGCAGGCGCAUCGCAGGCGUUAUUCGUGUACGAUAAGGAGCAAUACAUCACUGAAGCUGGUACGAUGAAUAUUUUUCUAUUUUGGAAGAAUAAUAUGGGGGAAAUAGAGCUCGUCACGCCGAGCUUAGAAGAUGGAACUAUUUUAGCCGGAAUCACGAGACAGUCGGUGAUUGAUUUAGCGAGAGAGUGGGGCGAGUGUAAAGUCACGGAGAGAAUGUUGCCGUUGCAGGAAGUGCUCGACGCGUUCAUUAGAGAAGACGUAUACGAAAUUUUCGGUACGGGGACGGCUGCGGUUAUUCAACCUAUCUCGUCUAUAUCGUACGAUGGCAUCGAUUAUUCCGUACCGAAAAACGCGUUUUCUGAAAACGCGUUUCAAGUCAGGAUGACGAACACGCUGACUGCUAUACAAUACGGUGAGAUCGACCACCCGUGGAGCCGAGUCGUCGCUUAA